AUGAGGGUUUUGGAGGCACUGCAAGCUGUCGAGUCUUUAUCUGCCCCGAACGAAUCAACACAAGGGGCCAGCGACGGAGGACACCCUGUCGGAAAUGAUACAACGUCAGACAGCUUCAAAGAAGCUGAUAUGAUUGAGGAAGAGGAAAAUGGAGACGAAGACUAUGAUGAAGGUGACGAAGGAGAGUACGACCCCGAUGCUGAGGCGGAGGCAAUGGCACAAGCACUUGGAAAUCAGAUAUGGGCCGAACUCGAGCAAAAUAUAGGAGAUUCGGCGAAAUCAGCAGGCGAUAUUGCGGACGCUGAACAGGUUCAUCCUGGCCACGAAGAUGCCCUGGCUACGAACAAAGGGGAUUCAAGUGUCAAGCAAGCCUCUAUUCCAGCUGAAGCUUCAGAGCCUUCUAAACCAAGCCCUGAAAUCUCUGGACUGCCCCCCGAUGGCUCUUUCCCGCCCAAUAACGUACCGACACCAUCAGACCCCAUGAUCGAGACUAUUAAAACCAUGCUAUCGCUCGCACUGUCCGAUCCUCACGUCCAUUAUGCCCUGAUGACGACCAUCGUCCCAGGACCAGUUGCAAACGGUGCCAAUCUCUACACUAUUCUCUCGAACUCCGUCAUGGAAGGUCGAGUAAACCCGGAACUAGCACAACCACUUAGUAUUUUAAUAUCUGCGUUGGCUUCGGGUAGUAUGAUGGUCUCGUCUGAGCAUCAAUAUGCACAUACUGCCCCUCAAGAUGUAGGUGGAACAAGUCCAUCUCUGAAACGAAAACGGGAUCCCACGGAUGAGGGACAAACCUGGCCUACCAAUCCUCCAUACAAUCCUUCCGUCCAGUCGCUCCAUACACCUCAACCCACAAGGUCUCAAGCUUCAGAGGAGCUAUUAGCUCGAAUACAAUCAGCUACUACAAGCAUCCUCCAAGUUCUCGACCCGCUUUUGGCCGUCGGUCAGUCACUGAACCAAUCAGUCAUUUCUUCGAUCCAACGACCGUUACACCAAGUCUAUUCGUUUGUCUCGACGUGUCCCCAGCAGCACGAAGGCCCGUCAGGAAGUGGCACUUUGCAAGAGAUAGGUGGUCUUAUUCAGGUGAUCGGGAUCUUAAACGAAGUUCCUAUCGCACAAUCAAUGGAAGGCCAGGCAGCCUCAGACGCAGGAGCUUCGGGGAGUGGUCGAGCCGCUAUUGGGACUGCAAUAUACCCGUGCUCGACCUGCCCCAAAGCGUUUGGCAAGCUUUCGUUACUUCGGGCACACGAACGCACGCAUUCGGAAGGAAGACCGUAUCGCUGUGAAUAUGCUGGUUGUCCUGCCAGCUUUGCUCGAAAUCAUGAUUUACGGCGGCACGAAAAGUCUCAUGAACGGCAGAUGUUUAGGCGAGUGUGCGGAGGAUGUGAUAGAUUGUUUUCUAGAAGGGAUGCACUCCGACGGCACAAGGCCAAUGAUAAGGCUCUCGAUGAAUGCCGAGAGGCACCAAUGGAUACGUCUACCGUAACCCAUGACGGAGACCCCCCUCGAGUUACUCGUGUCUGGCAAAAUCACCCCGAAUCAUGCGACUGGUCAAAAGAAUCAGAAUUUGAAGAGGGAGAGAUUCAACCAGAAGCUAUCGCUAAUGCACGAUACAUUGCGGGAACACUAUACCAAACCCUUCAGCGACAUGUCAGCAAAGGCCUCAACACCGGAGGGAUCCCCGAACAACCCGAAAACCAAUCGUCAGGCCAGCAGGUUUCCAACCGCCUUCCUUCUGAUGGUCCAGCACCUCAAACGUUGGCCGAGGGCGAGCAACCGGGCGCAGUUGAAUCUCCAUCCCAGUCUACUUUAGCUGGUUCGAUUGAGGAGCGAACAAACCCAACCGAGGAGCCUGAGGGUUGCAAUAGUCCAGCAGAUGAUACCACGAUCGUCAAGGCGGUAUCAACACUGCCGGGCUAUGGAUUAGAUGACGAGCAUACGAGUUUAUUAGAGCAAGCUAUAGCGGUGGCCGCACAAGCAGCUCAAGCUCAGGCCGAAGCCGAAGCAGCGCUCUAUGAGGAAGGGUAUAACGAAGACGACCAAGACACCGAAGAAUGGAAUGAAGGAGACGAGGGCGAGCAGAUGCCCGAGACCGGGAUGGCGAAUCUUGUAUCUUAA